AUGUCGUCACUCAAUAUGAAUGAAGCUCUAAAUGGCAUCGCUUCCGGAGAAUAUAAGUGGUUGUCCCUUCCUCUUUACGGACAGCUUAGAAUCUUGAUCCCUGAAAGAGAUCUCCAAGGACUUAACUUGUUGAGGAGUUUGGAGAUAAGCAGAACAAAAAUACCAAGACGACAACUUCUCAUACGGUCUUUCACACUUUCUCCUCGUUAG